GUUUGUGUUGAGCUGGUGGUGGGAGGAGGAGACUGAAGCGGCUCAUAUAAAGAGAAGUGUGAGAGCCCGGAGAGCACACAACUGCACUGGAGAUCCAGAGAGAAAGGACACAGAUCAGACUUCAUUCUUACUGGGGCACAAUGGAAACUGAGAAGAAGACGCAUACAGCAGCAGAGCAGAUGACUGACAGGGACUUGUCUGAACAAAUAAAAAAAGUGACCAAGGAGAGUCACGUUAGAGCAGAAAACACAGAACUGAUGCUGAGCUUCCAGAGGGGAAAAGUCACGCUUCCGCAAUAUAAGCUCCUCCUGUGUUCACUGUAUGAGAUCUACCAGGCUUUGGAGGAAGAGCUGGACAGGAACUCGGACCAUCCGAGCGUCGCACCUAUUUACUUUCCUGCUGAACUGGCCAGGCUGAAGUCCAUUGAAAAAGAUCUGGAAUACUUCUAUGGUCAGGACUGGAGAGAGAAGAUUGUCAUUCCUGCAGCCACUAAAAGAUACAGCCACAGGCUCAGACAGAUUGGCAAAGAAAACCCUGAAUUCCUGCUUGCCCAUGCUUAUACCCGGUAUCUGGGUGACCUGUCCGGGGGACAGGUUCUUGGUCGGAUCGCUCAGAAGUCCAUGGAUCUGAAAAAUGGUGAUGGUCUGUCCUUCUUUGCCUUCCCUGGGGUGUCCAGCCCCAACCUGUUCAAACAGCUCUAUCGCAGCCGAAUGAACAGUGUGGAGCUGACAGAGGAGGAGAGGAACGGUGUGCUGGAGGAGGCUGUCAGAGCCUUUGAGUUCAACAUUCAGGUCUUUGAAGAUUUACAGAAGAUGCUGACUGUCUCUGACAACACCCUGCAGAGCUCUAUGACACAGUCCAAGCCAGUAAAGGCGAACACACUCCACAUGUCAGGAAACGGCAUUUACACUUCCUCGCUGUUCAGGAUGGUCCUGGGACUGUUUGUGGCUCUGGCUACUGUCAGUGUGGGAAUGUACGCUUUAUAGAAAGAAACUCAAGAAAUACUGCGUAAUGAAGUGUUGCUGUUGAAGUUUGAAAUCUUUGCUUUGGUACUGUAAACCUAAAAGCAGAAAAAUCCCCACCUGAUUAUAACUGUAAGAUUUUAAAAACAUGUACAGAUCACAAAACACUGUGUAACAUUUGUGUAAUUUAUCCAUAGGAACCACUCACACACACACACACGUGCAAUAAGUGUAAUAGACUCUGAAUCUGUUGCACUGAUAUCCAGUGUGGUUGAAAAUGUGCAAUAUGUGUGCUUUAAAUACUGUAAAUAUAUAUGAACCUUUUAAUAAAAUAUUCUGAAACUA